AGCAUCGCAUUCGAUAUUUCUCCGUUCACGGUCAAUAAGUUGUGUUUCAGAAGAAGCGAAAUAAUGGUUCGGCUAAGCUGCGUCGUUGCAGUCAUCUGUAUUGCACUAUCGUGCGUCUUCGCAGAAGAAGAAGUAUAUUCCACUCGGUACGACGACAUUGAUAUUCACGGUAUUCUGGACAAUUCUAAACUGCGAGAUCAGUAUUACAAGUGUUUUAUGGAUUUCGCGCCAUGCAAAACAGCAGACGCAAAGUUCUUUAAAGAGAUUGUAGGUGAAGCUUUGCAAACUGAGUGCAAAAAAUGUUCCGAAAGACAAAAACUGCUUCUGGAAAUCAUGAUUGAUUGGUAUACAAAGAAUGAACCUGAUAAGUGGCAAGCUUUUGUGGCAAAAACUAUUGAAGAUUUGCGAAAGAAAAAUAAUAAACUGAAAGAAAAAUAAAUAACUGAUGAGUGCUGAUAUCUACUAAAAACAAGGAAAAUAUUUACGUACCAAAAAGAAAUAAUGCCUAUAUAUAUAUAUUUACAUGUAAUCAGUAUAUUAUAUUUGUUAUAUCUUUGUAUGUGCGUGGAAACUCUUGUGAUAAUCAUUUAUUCAAACAAUCUCUGUAGAAAGAGAAUAAAAAUUUAAUACUUGUCUGCUGUA